AGUCCAGGUCCUGCAGUUGAGCGGGCCUUAAGUCCCCAAGAAACUACAGAACCCAGCAUGCAACAAGGGUCCGAUUUCUCGCGCACACUACAUUUCCCAAAAGGCAGUUGGCGCCGCAGUAGUUUCUGGGAUGGGAACCACGCCGCUUCCCAGCCUCAGUUCCACGAGUGAAGCGCGGACCUUUCAACAAGAGCUUUAUUAAUUCCCACGCUUGGAUCUUGGAAAGAGAUGGAGGUGGCGGCUAAUUGCUCCCUGCGGGUGAAGAGACCUCUGUUGGACCCCCGCUUCGAGGGUUACAAGCUCUCUCUCGAGCCACUGCCCUGUUACCAGCUGGAGCUUGACGCAGCUGUGGCAGAAGUAAAACUUCGUGAUGAUCAAUAUACACUGGAACACAUGCAUGCUUUUGGGAUGUAUAAUUACCUACACUGUGAUUCAUGGUAUCAAGACAGUGUCUACUAUAUUGAUAACCUUGGAAGAAUAAUGAAUUUAACAGUGAUGCUGGAUACUGCUUUAGGAAAACCACGAGAGGUGUUUCGACUACCUACAGAUUUGACGGCAUGCGAUAAUCGCCUUUGUGCAUCUAUCCAUUUCACAUCAUCCACCUGGGUUACCUUGUCAGAUGGAACUGGAAGAUUAUAUGUUAUUGGAACAGGUGAACGUGGAAAUAGUGCUUCUGAAAAAUGGGAGAUUAUGUUUAAUGAAGAGCUUGGGGAUCCUUUUAUCAUAAGUCACAGUAUCUCUUUGCUAAAAGCUGAAGAACAUUCCAUAGCUAUCUUAAUUCUUCGAAUAGAGAAAGAAGAAUUGGAUAUGAAAGGAAGUGGUUUCUAUGUUUCUCUGGAGUGGGUCACUAUCAGUAAGAAAAAUAAAGAUAAUAAAAAGUAUGAAAUUACUAAGCGUGAUAUUCUCCGUGGAAAAUCAGUGCCAAAUUAUGCUGCUAUUGAGCCAAAUGGAAAUGGUCUAAUGAUUGUCUCCUACAAGUCCUUCAAAUUUGUUCAGGUUGAUCAAGAUCUUGAAGAAAAUAUGAAUGAAGACAUGUCAGAGAAAAUCCAAGAACCUCUGUAUUAUUGGCAACAAACUGAAGAUGAUUUGACAGUGACAGUACGGCUUCCAGAAAACAGCGUUAAAGAAGAUGUUCAUGUGCAGUUUCUACCUGAUCACAUCAACAUUAUGUUGAGGGAUUGCCAGUUAUUGGAAGGAAAGCUGUAUUCAUCUAUUGAUCAUGAAAGCAGUACAUGGAUAAUUAAAGAGAAUAAUAGCUUGGAGAUUUUCUUGAUUAAAAAGAAUGAAGGAUUGACAUGGCCUGAGCUAGUGGUUGGUGAUAAACAAGGGGAACUUAUAAGAGACUCAGCCCAAUGUGCUGCCAUAGCUGAACGUUUGAUGCAUUUGACUUCUGAAGAACUGAAUCCAAAUCCAGAUAAAGAAAAACCUCCUUGUAAUGCUCAAGAGUUAGAAGAAUGUGACAUUUUUUUUGAAGAGAGUUCCAGUUUAUGCAGAUUUGAUGGCAAUACUUUAAAAACUACUCAUGUGGUAAACCUUGGAAGCAACCAGUACCUUUUCUCUGUCGUAGUAGAUCCUAAAGAAAUGCCCUGCUUCUGUUUGCGCCAUGAUGUUGACGCCCUACUCUGGCAACCACACUCCAGCAAACAAGAUGAUAUGUGGGAACACAUUGCAACUUUCAAUGCUCUAGGUUAUGUCCAAGCAUCAAAAAGAGACAAAAAAUUUUUUGCCUGUGCUCCAAAUUACUCCUAUGCAGCCCUUUGUGAGUGCCUUCGUCGAGUGUUCAUCUAUCGUCAGCCUACUCCCAUGUCCACUGUGCUUUACAACAGAAAGGAAGGCAGGCAUGUAGGGCAGGUUGCUAAGCAGCAAGUAGCUAGCCUAGAAACCAAUGAUCCUAUUUUAGGCUUUCAGGCAACAAAUGAGAGAUUAUUUGUUCUCACUACCAAAAACCUCUUUUUAAUAAAAGUAAAUACAGAGAAUUAAUUUCUCCAACAUGUUGACUUCUCUGUACUAGGAAAGUAUUCAGCAGUGACUAAAGGACUGGGUAGUUAUACCGUAACCUGUUAAGUUUUAAUGUGUUAAAAAUAUCUCAUAUGGAUUUUUUAUAUUUUAAAGGAUAUUAGAAAUGUAUUUAAAAGAUUAUGAUACUGUAAAAACUAUGGAAUGAAACUGCAGAUUUAGAAACAUUGGCUUCUGUAAAAAAAAUGUAGUAUUGGCAAGUAUAAUUAUUUUUCAAAAACAAGCUAGAAUCUCAUAUUUUAUAAAUGAAACGUGUAAUUCAGUGUUUAAAAUAAAAAUAUAUAUCAUGUACUUUUCAUUGAUUAGGUUGGUACGUCUGUAGAAUGUUUAGGUUAACAGUUGAAAUGUUGAGUAUUGUAAAUACUUAUUUAAAUGGACUAAAUAUCUGAGUCUAUGCAAAGCAGGAAGUAUAGCAGGUUGAAUAGUCUUAAAGUUGCUCAGAGAUCUUGGUUGUCUUUCAGAUGAAGCAUAGCUUUAUUUAAUUUUUAAUUGUUUUGCUCUGCCACCUAGAUAAGGUUAACUACCAUGUUAUCCAUUGUUGCAUAAGAAAGUACCCCAAAACCCAGUGAUUUAAAAUAAGAUUUAUGACUUUUCACUGUACUGUAAGUUGACUGGCUAUGCUCUGCAUGGCCUCUCAACUUUUAGUAUGCUAAACUGGGCUGCAUCCCACAACAGAACAAAUGUUUGAAGAGGGCAAGCUUCAAUAUGCAAUAGCAUGUCUGUAGUUUCUUCAUAUUUGCAAGUCACAUGGCCAAGUCUAGAAUCAGUGUCAGAGAGGACUGUAUAAGGACAUAGACAGCAGGAAGUAUGAUUCAAUAGAGCCAUUAAUGUAGUAGUUUACAAACAAGGACUAAGGACAAUAAAUUCUCAUUGUUAGAAAAAUAA